GUCACGUGAUGUCUUCUCCCAUCACCAUGACAAGUUGGAAGUCUGACCUUCGGCCACAUGCAGGGACUGAAGACUGCAGUACAGCAGCUGCAGUUCACCCGAGGCUACACUAGGGGCGGAGUUUGACCUCACUAGUCUCAAAACAUCACUAAUCCGCGUCGGACAUUCUGGCACAGACACAGGCCAUCACCAUCUUCACCAUCAUCAUCAUCAUCGUCGCCAGCAGCAGCAAUAUCAGCAGCCGCUUGUCCCAGGAAGGAGAAAGAAAGAAAGACAGGGAUUUCCACUGAAACAGCAUCGUCCUGCCCGGGAUCUGCUGCGUGGCAUCAUCCACAGACUCUGUGCUGCGCCCGUGUGCGUGUCAACGGGAUUGGAAAUGCUGCACUAUGGCAGAUAGUGCGCUACACGCGUCUGGACGUAACUGCAGUCAUUUCUAGUCAGUUUAAUUUGCAGCUUUCGGGGAGAAGUGCGGCGGGAUUUGUGCGCUGACGGCUGGACCGCCCUGCGCCUUCACUUCACUCUAUCCUCUUCCCUUGAAGACUCUGCUCAGUUGCCAUUCAAUGUCCAGCUGCACAUGGCUGAAGCUGCCCUGUGGCUGAUCCUGACAAUGCUUUCAACUAACCACUCUGGAGGUGUGUGGGGAUGAAAUGGAUGGAGCCCAUGGCCAGACCAACACACCAGCUCCCACCUCUCAGCAUGUCCAGCUGCAGCAAGUCUCCCUCCAACUCUGGAGAAGUUGCAGGCUCUAACUCCAUGGCAUGGGUGAAGAUGUUUAAAAAACCAGGAGGAGGCCUGAAGAAGUCCUACCAGCCUGGGAGCAUGUUGUCUCUCGCACUCACCAAAGGUCUGCUGAAUGAGCCUGGGCAGAAUAGCUGCUUCCUAAAUAGUGCUGUCCAGGUUCUCUGGCAGCUGGACAUCUUCAGGAGAAGUUUGAGGCAGCUCUCAGGUCACUUCUGUCUGGGCGACGCUUGCAUUUUCUGCGCUUUAAAGAGUAUAUUCAGCCAGUUUCAGCAGAGCAGGGAGCGUGUGCUCCCCUCUGACAGCCUGCGCAACGCUCUGGCUGAAACCUUUAAGGAUGAGCAGCGCUUUCAGCUCGGCCUGAUGGAUGAUGCUGCCGAGUGCUUCGAAAAUAUCCUGGAGCGAAUUCAUCUCCACAUAGUGUCAGACACUGCAACUGAUGCUUGUUCAUCCAAGUCAUGCAUCACCCAUCAGAAGUUUGCAAUGAUGCUUUACGAGCAGUUUGUGUGUCGCUGUUGUGGUGCGUCUUCAGAUCCACACCCAUUCACAGAAUUAGUACACUACGUCUCAACUACUUCUUUAUGUCAACAGGUCGAUCGAGUGAUUGGUAAGAAUGAGCGGCUCAGGUCAGACAUGUUUGGAGAAUUGCUGCAGGCAGCAAACAACACAGGAGACCUUCGAAGCUGCCCAAGUAAUUGUGGUCAGAGUAUCAAGAUCCGCCGUGUGCUCAUGAACUGUCCGGAGAUCGUGACCAUAGGCUUUGUGUGGGACGCGGAACAGUCUGAUCUCACAGACGAUGUCAUCCGGUCACUCGGCCCACGUUUGAACCUGUGUGGGCUUUUCAAUCGUGUCACUGAUGAAAAUGCCAAACGCAGUGAGCUACAUCUGGUGGGGAUGAUCUGCUUUUCCAGUAAACAUUACUCAGCUUUUGCCUAUCAUACCAAAUCUUCAAAAUGGAUGUUUUUUGAUGAUGCUACUGUAAAGGAGAUCGGGUCCAAAUGGAAAGAUGUCGCCUCUAAAUGUAUCAGAGGACAUUUCCAGCCACUUCUUUUAUUUUACACUAAUCCUGAGGGAAGUCCGGUGUCCAAUGAAGAUGCACCAAGGCAAACCUCAAUGUGUCCACGGUACAAAGGCCAAGUAAAUGGUGACGCGUCAGUGAAACAUCCACUCGUGAGUCCAAACAAAUUCGAGGAACCUUCCAUGGAGAAUUUCCAGAGGACGAGUGAAACAUCAAGAAAGGACAGAGGGCAUCGGAGAACGGAGCCGUCGCAACACAAAGAGGUGGCACAUGCAAGGUCUUCAUCUCCUCCAGAGAAUGGACUGAGGCCGUCUGUGGACCACAAGUUAAAAAACCAUCAACGCACUGAGAAGUCCAUCAACCAUUCAAGCAGAGGGUCUCAGGAGCCACGUGGACCGCCCUUCAGUCCACAGGGUGGUGGACAUAGCCAGAAACACACCACCUCCCCGAGUCGCUGUGAUCAGGAUAGCUGUCAGGAGCAGUGUGAGAAAGGUGGCAGUGGAGGAAACCGGAGUAAAUCAAAGUCCACUUGGAGACCCAUUCGCGAGGUGUUAAACGUGGACAUGGUUCUAAAUGAACUGGAGCAACGGCGUCAGCAGCAGCAGGACAGCCCGCGGUGCAGCAAGACUUCAGCCCAGGAAAGGGACCCUGCUGAGCCGAGCCGAGUCCGGGAGAGGGAAUUUGUACGGACCAGAGAAGACCGAAAGCAGAAGUGUCUGAUGACGAUUUACGAGGACGAGCAGAGGCACGAGACUGAGAGUCACAGCUCUGUGGAGUCAGAGAGCAGGGCCAACCCACAGAGGGGCAGCAGGCUUAAAGGGGGCCCCAAGACGCUGCUGCGUAGUGACACCUGGACCAUUCAGAGGACGGAGUCUGGCUACGAGAGCAGCGACAGACUCAGCAGCGGCUCCACAAACCCAGACUCACCUGGGGUUGAUGGCUUUGCUGCUAAAGAGCAGAGAUCCACAGCAGAGGCUCAGCUGCAAAGCCAGCCACAUCAAAAGGGAGGCGAUGCAAAGUCGAGUGUAACGUCAUCAUCACCUUCACACAAUGGUAAACAUCAAUCCAGACCUCAGGGAAAGAACCACGACCAAGUUUCUCAUUCACAACUAAAGUGCAGUCCAAGUUUAAGGCAUAAAUCAAAGAACCCUUCUAGCACCUCCAGGAAAGCGGUGUCUUCAGAGCGUGACUCUGCUGGUCCAGAGAACAGGCAGAGUGAUCAGCUGGAGCCCACAAACUGCAGAGAGACUACAAACCUGAGGCACAUUAUGAAAACCAGCAGCUCGGAAUGGAACAGCUCUGAUGAUCUCGCUCUCUCUGAGCCUGAGGACAGAGAAAGUACUUACUGCUCCAGCAACAGCGAGGCCGUCGCCUCCGAUCCACAGUGUCCUCACAUCACGCUGCCAUACCAGCCUCCCUGUAAUGUGACCACGGAGCCUCUUCAACAACUCAACAAUCAGCGCCAGCUCAGUGCGACGGGGUCGCCUCACCUCCGACCCGCCCAGCGGAUCCCCCCGCACCAGGGUGAAACAAGCCACGCUGCGUUUCGCCCGAGAAUGCUUCAAGAAGCCUUUCCGUCGAGUCCUCGUCUUUCAUCCACGUCCUACGUCAGUCCGCACAGGAAGCCUGAAGUGUCAGGUCUCUGGACCUUCUCAGACACAAGCUCUAAGUCGGGCUCUGACCCAGAGAGGAGCACUCCAUCAUCAUGUGAAAGUGAGGAAAGGGUCACAGGAUGCAGGGUGGAACAGGCAGUGCCAGCUCAAGAGGUUUCUCUGACAACGUACUUCAAUGUGGACAACUGUAUGACAGAAACGUACCGUCUCAAAUACCACAACCAGAGGCCUCUUGUCCUCUCUGCCACGGUGCCGCGGACAGUAGCGGUGACUGAGCGCAGAGACACCAGUCACACACUUGCCACUGAAACACACUCACAAGAUGUGCCAAAGAACAGACCUGAAACAAGCCAUAAUAGCAAUAAACCCACUGCAAAAUGGAACCCAGUGACCACCAAAGGACUGGACGACCGUGGUUUUUUAUGAGUGGCACUUGGUAAGUUUUGUUUACAAAGGAUGACAGUGGUCAGUGCUACCUGGAUGCCAAAGAGUUUAGAGAAUGGGAAAAGAUGUUUUGAACCCUGACAUCUCCAGACUGAGUAGAAUUUAUUUAUGCAAUUUAAUGCUGAACAUGUGUGUGUGUGUCAUAUUGUUCUUACAUGUUGAAACGUCUUCCGUUGUCUUGCAGACGUCUGGACUGUUUCUUUUUUGCACAAAGGGUUUGGUCACUUUAAGUAGAAAAGAAAAAAUGUUUAUUUCU